CAGACGCCCCCGCGACGCCUCAACUUGCAGAACUGGCUUCUUGGGCUUCAGGAGUGUUUCCCAUUUAAACAAACAGUGCCGAAGAUGGCGGAGAGUUAAUGGUGUAAAGAAGAAAUUAUCGAUCCGGUAGAGAGAUACGUCUAUAAGACUCCAUUGACCAGCCUAUAUACGACCCCCCCCCCCACCAAGAGUGAGGGGAGUGGGGAUCUGAUCGUCCAUCAUCUCGGCGCCGUCACAAGGUGCUGAUAUGUGUACACGAUGAGCGGACUGGGGGAAAACUCCAUGGAGCCUCUGAGCUCAGAAAACCGGAAACGCAAGCUCUCCACUUGUGACACGCCUGGUCUGGGCUGUGAGAGGAAGCGACGGGAGCAGGAGAGCAAAUACAUAGAGGAACUGGCGGAGCUGAUCUCCGCCAACCUCAGCGACAUCGACAGCUUCAACGUCAAACCAGACAAAUGUGCCAUCCUCAAAGAGACGGUACGCCAGAUCCGCCAGAUCAAAGAGCAGGGAAAAGCUUCAUCCAACGACGACGACGUUCAGAAGUCAGACGUGUCAUCGACAGGUCAGGGGGUCAUCGACAAGGACCACUUGGGGCCGCUCUUGCUGCAGGCUCUGGAUGGCUUUCUGUUUGUGGUGAACCGCGAGGGCAGCAUCGUGUUUGUGUCGGACAACGUGACGCAGUACCUGCAGUACAAACAGGAGGAGCUCAUCAACACCAGCGUGUACAACAUUCUCCAUGAGGACGACAGGGAGGAGUUCCACAAGAACCUACCCAAGACCAACAUAAAUGGAGUGUCGUGGGGAAGCGAGGCGGCCCGACAGAAAAGUCACACCUUCACUUGCCGAAUGCUGGUCAAGUUUGGCCACGCCCACAUGGAGGAGGGGCCACGCUACGAGACUAUGCAGUGUUUUGCUCUUACCCAGCCCAAGGCCAUGAUCGAGGAGGGGGAAGACCUUCAGUCAUGCAUGAUCUGUGUGGCCCGUCGGGUGACAGCCAUGGAGAGAACGGAGAGUUUCAAUACCCGGCAUGAGCUCUCAGGUAAACUGAUCCAAAUUGACCAGAACUCUCUGCGAGCGUCGAUGCGUCCCGGCUGGGAGGAUUUGUUGAGGCGUUGCAUUCAGAUGUUCCUUCAGCACAGUGAUGGGCAGCCCUGGUCACACAAACGCCACUACCAUGAGGCCUUUCUGCAGGGUCACGCUGAGACACCCUUGUACCGCUUCUCCCUGUCCGACGGCACUCCAGUCACAGCCCAGACCAAGAGCAAACUGUACCGUCACCCCAUGAGCAAUGAGCCUCAAGGCUUCAUCUCCACUCACCUACUACAGAGGGAACCAAACGGGUACCGCACAGCUCAGGGUGGUAGCAUGAUGCCAAACACUAUGAGACAACAGGGCAUGGGAGGCCCCAACCCAAAUGCCCAAAUGAACAUGAACACCGGUGGGGGGAUGGGCAUGGGCAGCAUGGGCAGCAUGAGCAGGGGCUUUGGCAUGAACGAGCAGGGACACAUUGGUCACAUGGGUCCGAUGGGAGGCGGCCCUAUGUACGGAGGGAGCGGUGGAGGAGGAAGUGGAGGUGGAGGCAUGGGCAACCGCAUGAUGCAGAUGAAUCAGAUGGGGCAGAUGAAUCAGGUGGGGCACAUGAAUCAGAUGGGUCCCAUGAAUCACCCAGGCCAAGGCAUGCAGCAGCACCCACAGCAGCCCCCGUUUCAGAGCAGCGGAGGGUUUGGGCUGAGUGGCAUGAACAGCCCUUCGGGAAGCCCCAGAAUGGGCGGACCCCAGCAGGGUCUCCUGAUGUCUCCCCGAAACAGAGGGAGCCCAAAGAUGGGUGCCAACCAGUUCUCGCCCGGAGGCAUGCACUCACCCAUGAGUGGCAUUGUCAGUGGUGGAGGAAGUGGGGGAAGCACUACCACCUUCUCCAGCAGCUCCUUAAACGCCCUACAAGCAAUCAGUGAAGGGGUAGGGAGCUCACUCCCCUCAACCCUAACGUCUCCCUCGCCAGCCCUUAAACCAGACAGCUCUCCCAGCGUCCACUCGUCCUCCUCUUCCUCCCAGCCCGUUCAGCCAGCCAAACCAGGCCAAGAUGGCUCCAAAAGCCCAGCAGGAGGAUUAGGGCCUGGGCCCAGCGACCAUCACCACCCCAUGCACCACCAUCACCACCAUCAUCAGCAUCCUCAGGGUGAAAGUUCUGCAGAACGCCCAGACAGCCAGACAGCUACAGUGGCUAAAGAGUCUGGAGAGGGAAGCAGUGAGGCAGGGAUGGUGAGCUCCGAUCCCCCUCGGAGGGUGCCAGACAGUAAGGGGCAUAAGAAGUUGCUGCAGUUGCUGACUUCCCCAACUGAAGAGCUGGGAGUAGGUGGCAGUGGGCCAACAGGGCCCCCUGUACCACCCCCACCAACUAGCAGCAGCACUCCGGCCAGCUCAGACAGUAAGGACCCCACCGGAGGCAUGACUAGCCCCUCGUCUACUGGAGUCUCCUCCUCUUCUUCAGCCAGUGCCAAUCCAGGCCAGGCAACAGGGCCAGGGGCCGUGUCAACAUCACUAUCGUCGGCCCACUACACAGGGUCACUGCAAGAAAAGCACAAGAUCCUCCACAAGCUUCUUCAAAAUGGCAAUACCCCAGAUGAAGUAGCUAAGAUCACAGCUGAGGCUACAGGAAAGGUGACAUUGGGGGGCCAGGAGGGAGGUGAGGUUGGAGCAGGAGGACCAGGAGCCGGGCCUGGGAUGAUCACAGAGCCUAAGCAAGAGCAGCAAAGCCCGAAGAAGGAGAAAACACAUGCUCUCCUCCACUACCUCCUCAACAAGGAUGAUUCCAAAGAGCCAGUGGAUGUCAAGCCUAAACUCGAAGAGCUAGAUGGGAAGGGAGCCCCAGGGGCCACUGGUGGCCCUGCACGAGACUGUGCUGGAUCUGGGCCCGUCCCAGCACCCGAACAUCCUGAGAGCAAGAUCAAGUCAGAGCCACCUGAUGACUUGCACAACCUAGAGUCUAUCCUCGGAGAUUUGAGGGGUUCAAGCUCUGACUUUUACCCGGAUCAAGCUGGAGGUGGAGGGGCUAACGACGCUGGAAACAAACCCCAAGGUUGCCUUGACGACAGCCUGCAGGGGAGUCCAGGAAUGGGUCCCGGGCCUCGGGGACCCUUCCAGAGAGCCAUGUCCAUGGACGGGAAGCCUCCAGGUGGGCCUGGAGGAGCAGGUAGACGCCCCAUGCUCAUCAAGCAAGAGAACAUGAUGGGCGGCCAGGACGGUUACCCAGGAAACAUGGGACCAAUGAAUAGGGGCAUGGUUCCCCAGAGGUCUCCAAUGGGGGGGUCAGGGGACUGGGGCAUGUCCCGCUCCAGUGCCAGCCCCGUGGGCUCAGCAGGACAUCCCGCCAUGAUGCGCCCAGGCAUGGAGUAUAACACUAGCAAGAGCAUGAUGUCUGGACCCAUGGUCAGCCGCUCCAAUAGUGUACCGGGAACCAGGUCUAUGCUGCAGCAACAGCUCAUGGAAAUGGGAGGCUCUGCUGACAUGGGCAUGGGUAUGAGCCCCUUCAGCCAGCAGGGCCAGCCCAACCAGUCCUCUUCCUGGCCAGACCCUAUAAUGGGCAUGGAGGGUAACAGACGCCAGUUUGGCAACACCUUAGAUGAUCUUCUGGUGCCUCCCACCACCAGUGAGGGUCAGAGCGAUGAGCGGGCCCUUCUGGACCAGCUGGAUUCUCUGCUGAAUAACACGGAUGGCAUCGCUCUGGAGGAGAUAGACAGAGCCCUGGGAAUCCCAGACCUCGUCAGUCAGAACCAGGGGGCUGAGCAGCAGAUAGAGCCUUUUCCAGGGCAGGACCCGUCCAUGAUGCUGGACCAGAAGCCUCACUAUGGACAGGGUUAUCCCGGACCCCCCGCCAUGCCUAUGCAGUCUGGCUAUGGAGGGAACCCCAUGCAGGGACAGGCCCAGCAGGGGGGGUUUGGGCCCAUGCUCUCUCAGAUGGGCCAAGGUGGCAGCUUCGCCGGUAUGGGUGGAAUGGGCGGCAUGGGACAUCCCCGUGCCAACAUGAUGAGACCCAGGAUAAUGACAGCCAACAAACCCAUGAGGCUCCAGCUGCAGCAGAGGCUGCAGGGACAGCAGUUUAUGAAUCAGACACGGCAGGGCAUGGCCAUGAAGAUGGAGAACCCGGGAGGCAACCCUGGCAUGAGGCCAAGCAUGCAGCCUGGCAUGGGAGGACAGCCGGGUUUCCUUAAUGCUCAGAUGAUGGCUCAGCGCAGCAGAGAGAUGGUCAACAUGCAGAUGAGGAGACAGCGCAUGAUGAUGCUGAUGCAGCAGCAGCAGCAGGCAGCAGCGGCUGCUGCUGCAGCCGCAGGAGGAUUCAGUCCUCCUCCAAACGUCACGGCUCCUGGUGGCAUGGACAACCCUAUGGGCGGGCCAAACAUGGGCCCCCAGCCGGGCCCUCAGCAGUUUGGAUACGGUGGGAACUAUGGGAUGGGCCAACAGGGUGACCCCUCUUUCGGCCCUUCAGGUGGCAGCCCUCCUAACGCCAUGAUGCCCAGCCGCCUGGGGCCUCAAAAUCCCAUAAUGCAACAGCACCCACAGGGCAGUCCCAUGUACCAGGGUGCAGAUAUGAAAGGCUGGUCGCAGGGAGGCAUGGCACGCAGCAGUUCAUACCCUCAGCAGCAGUUUGGGCCGCAGGGACCUCCAGGGCAGCAGCAGUUUGGCCAGCAGGGCAAUCCAGGCCAGUAUGGGGGCAUGAUGAUGAACGGAGGCAUGCCAGCCAGCGGAGGAGGAGGUCACAUGGGUCAGAUGGGGGGGCAGAUGGGCAUGAACCCAAUGGUGAUGGGACGUAUGCCUAUGGGUCCUGAUCAGAAAUACUGCUGAGCAUCGCAACAGAAGCAUUUGUCUCACUGUGAUCUCCAUUCAGAGAUCGGACACGGCUGCAGCACUGGAGUGUGUGGAGGACCCAGCUCUGUGUGUGUGUCUGUGUCUGUGUGUGUUUGUGUGUAGUGCUGCACUCCCACCAGACGGGGGAGUGAAUUUCCUUUGGACUCAUGGCCAGUAACAGCAGUCUGGCAACCUGGGGAAGACAGAAAAGACGCACACACAUGAAAACACACAGCGUUCAUAAAAAUCAGAAACACUGUGAUACAUUUACACACAUAAAUCCUUAAACAUUCAGAUAGACGGCUCUAUGAUUCCUCUCGUAGACUGUAGUUUGAAUAUUCCUCUCUUUAUGAGCGGUGUGAUUCUGUAUGUGUGUGUGUGUGUGUGUGUGUGUGUGUGUGUGCACCUCGGUAAACACACACCACUCGCUGGACCAAACGGCGAAGGUGGACAGACUCUUGAGCAGAUCAUAGACUUGAACAUGGACGUGUUAAGACAUUUCCUGUGUCGAAUGUACCAUGAAGCUGUGUUCAGAUUUAAAACGUAGGAUUCCUUUCUCGUCUUUGAACUUCGUGGGAUUUUUAUCCGCCGCCUCUCUGCUGCUCCUGAAGGAUCUCUGCGCCCGCGACGUAAAGCAAACAUGGUUCUAGAUGACGAGCCAUCAGAUUGUGACACUGAGAUGAAUGUCAUUAGCAGUAUCACAUUGUUUCGUCCUCCAGGACACCGCUGAGCUAAAGUACGACUGAAUUACUUGUUGGCUGAUUGCACUUUAAGGAAAGGCCAACAACAAAAGGAUUGUGGCAAUAUAGAGGCCUUUACCCAAGAAUUAAUGCAGAGCAGCAGACAUUUACUGUUUAUUUUUUUCUGUGUGUUCUCCAACUUUUCCUCUCCGAGUGAUGGGGGCUGUUGAUUGCAAAUGGGUAACCUUGAUGAUCUUUGUUCUUAAGUGGGAACCAGUAGAAAGGCAGUAAGCACAGAUUUUAUCCAACACUCUCAUCUACAGUGUACCGAUUUAUUACAACAAGAGAAUGGACCGUUUUUAAGUCAUUUUAAAGUCACUCUUGAAACAAACGGACUUCUGUUAAUGUUCAGGACUCCACCUAUAUUUAUACAGAUUCAUGACGUGAUCAUUUUAUCAUUCCAGAGGUAAUUUUUAGACCCAAAUGUUGCAGAUAUUUUGAUUACCUUGCACCAAUUUACAGUGUUACUCCAAGUGCAGAAUUCAAAUUGAUUGCCACUUAUACACUUUCUCUUACAGUGGGAGCUAAUGUAGACAUAAUCUUAUGUUAGAUUUCAGUGUAGAUUUCGAGCAAUAAGCCUUCCGCCUGGUUUUCCUUCUGAGGACAAAGCUGAAGCAUCAUUUACUCAAAGCGACAGCACUGCAGUAUUAGACAUGAUGUCUUGUUUGGAGCUCUUUUUUUUCCUUUUGUCUGUGAAUAUGAAUUGUAAAUACGCUAUAUAUAUAUAUAUAUAUAUAUAUAUAUAUAUAUAUAUAUAUAUAUAUAUAUAUAUAUAUAUAUAUAUAUAUAUAUAUAUAUAUAUAUAUAUAUGCUUUUGUAGGUCACAUACUGUUUUUGCACAGAUUGUAAGGCUUGAUAUUUAAAAGUGUAAUUUUCUUAAUCCGUCAUAGGUCAGCUUUUAUUUUCAGUACUUUAACCAUGGGUUGGAAAGGAAGGGCCUCCUUUUUAUAAGCAGUACGUGUAGAUUUUCUUUCAUACUGCAGCUUUCAUUCUCUCAGAAGGCACUGUUUGUUUUUUCUGAGGACAUAAUCUUAGCUAAAGAGGUGCUAGUGUGUAAUUGUUUUGUUUUUCUUAAAUAAUAAAUAAUUUUUCUUUUGACAAAAAAAAAGAAAACACAAAAUAUGCCUAUACAAAAAGAGUUGACACAUGAUUGUGUUAGGCUUCUAGGGACCCAGAUGUCUUACCAGUAUGUGGGGUUGAUAUUUUCUUAACUGAACCUCAUGCUUCCAUGUGUGACUUUUAAGUUUCACUCCUGAGAUCUCUGUGCUUUGAAUUUUGCAGAUUUGAUCGUUCAGCCUCCGACACGAGACUUCAGUCCCACUGUAUAACUGUCCAUAAGUCCUUUUUGGGUUUUUUUUGCAGAUGUUUAAUCCUGAUGGAAGCAACAUAGCAACACAAGAAGUAGUUUGAAUCCCUAAUUACCUGUCAAACUCCUGUCAUGCAAUUGUUUUUUUGUUUUGUUUUUUCAUUUAAAUUUGCCUUUCAUUGUAUUUCCUGUGUAUCUUUCGUUGAGAAACCUUUGAACACACGCUCAAUCCAAAGAUUUUGUUUGUCAUUCUGCAGUGCUUAGAAACAGUUCCUGACAUAGAUUGUGCAAGUACUCGUGUGCUUUUACUGUUGCACAUAACCUAUAAUAUACAUUGAACUAAAUAUGUUUAAUUGCAUAUAUUAUAACCCCAUCUGUAUGACAUAGAGUAGAGAUAAGUCUGGUUCUGCUGAGGUGGUUUGAGUUACUGUUUGUGAUUGUUUCUUCUUUUCUGUAGAACUUAUGGCCAGUUGAAUUGUGGUGCUGCAAACGGUUAUUUCACAAGAGAAUGUUGAGAUUUUCUAAGCUGGAGAAGGAGGUUUCAUAGUUGAUGUCAUUAUGUCUCAGAAUAAUAGCUUGGAGUUGUUGUUUGUUUUUUUUUAACCCCAGUCUCAAUGAAGAAUAUGAAAGUUUAAUCUACAAAUAUAUAGAAAAGAAAAGUCUGUGUUUUGCUUUGAAGGGAAGAAACCCCUCUCAGUGCAUUGUUGGAGAAAAGAGAAAACAUUAUUUCAUUAUUCUACCAGUCAUUAUUACAGGGUGUAAAAUACUAUUGCAUUUUUUUCUUACCUUGUUUCUUGAUGUUAAUAUCGAUGUAAAUACAAAUUUAUAUUUAAACAUUA